AUGAUCGCACCAAGCACCACAAUCGAUAUACCGCCCCAGACGCUGCCCAAGCUUCAGCCUGGACUCGAAUCCGGUCACGCCAUGAUGAAACAGGGCGAAGCUGCGUUCUACGACUUCGUCGCACAGCAACUGGAGCCUGCGUUGGGACAUACACUCCCGCAAAUGGAAGUGCGAUGCAAGGAUCUUUCCGUAGUCGCCGAGGUCUCCGUCGUCGAGCAAAAAUCGAGCACUGCAACUUCCGAACUGCCUUCCAUCUACAACAGUCUCAAGCAUAUUGUUCGCAAACUCACAGCCACCAAACACGUCACACAACGACAUGUAAUUAACCAGGUUGACGCUGUGUUCGAACCGGGUACCAUCACGCUGGUGCUUGGUCAACCUGGUUCUGGCAAGACGUCGCUAAUGAAGAUACUGAGCGGACAGUUCCCGAUGGAGAAGAACAUCACUUUGGACGGUGACAUCUCGUACAAUGGACAGACGUGGAAGGAGCUGCUUCCCAAAUUACCGCAGCUCGCGGCGUAUGUGCUACAGAGCGACAAGCAUUUCCCGGCACUGACGGUUCAGGAGACGCUCGAGUUCGCGCACGCGUGUUGUCCAGAGGAGGUGGCUUCAAAGCGUGGGAGGGAUCUUCUGUCACACGGCACACCGGAGCAGAAUGAGACGGCACUACGCACCGCAGAAGCGCUCUACAAGAACUACCCCGAUGUCAUUGUAGAGCAACUCGGACUGCAGAAUUGUCGGGACACCGUGAUCGGCAACGCGUUGAAACGUGGCGUGUCUGGAGGCGAACGUCGCCGCGUGACGACUGGCGAAAUGGAGUUUGGUAUGAAGUACGCGACGUUCAUGGACGAGAUCAGUACGGGUCUCGACAGUGCAGCCACGUACGACAUCGUGUGCACGCAGCGCGAUAUCGCCAAGAAGCUACACAAGACGGUAGUGAUGGCUUUGUUGCAACCUGCACCCGAAGUGUUCGAGCUGUUCGACAACAUUUUGCUAUUGAACGACGGUGAAGUGAUGUAUCAUGGACCAAGGGAACAGGCUGUGCCGUACUUUGAGAGUCUGGGUUUCGUGUGUCCACCUGACCGUGAUGUGGCCGACUAUUUGUUGGAUCUGGGCACGGACCAGCAGUACCAGUACGAGGUGGCAAAGACUAACAACCAUACGUCGUUUUCGGUGGAGUCUCCUCGACUAGCGAACGAGUUUGCGGGCUUGUUCCGCCAGUCGAAUUUUCACGAGAACAUCGUACAGAAAUUGGAUGCACCGUGGAGUAAUGAAAGGCUUCGUGACGCUGAGCUCCACUUGAUGAAGAUGCCUGAAUUUCGACAGUCAUUCUGGGCCGGAACGCUAACCGUGAUGCGGCGACAGAUGCUUCUAGCGCUCCGUAACACGGCGUUCAUGCGUGUUCGAGCGUUGAUGGUCGUGGUCAUGGGGCUCAUCUAUGGCAGCACCUUCUUCGGCUUUGACCCCACCAACGCACAGGUGUCACUGGGUGUCCUGUAUCAGACGACGAUGUUCUUGGCUAUGGGUCAGGCCUCACAGACGCCAGUGUUUGUCGCCGCUCGAGAGAUUUACUACAAACAACGUCGAGCCAAUUUCUACCGCACGUCAUCGUUCGCCAUCGCGUGCCUGACGGCUCUCGUGCCGUAUGCAGUCCUGGAGUGUCUUGUCUUCAGUUGCUUCGUGUACUGGAUGUGUGGUUUCGUGUCGGGGGUGGGCUACUUCCUCUUCUUCCUGCUGUGUAUGGUGCUAACCAACCUCGCAUUAUGUGCCUGGUUCUUCACGUUGACGGCGAUGGCGCCGAAUUUCAAUAUUGCCAAGCCGUGCUCCACGUUUUCCAUCACAUUCUACGUCGUUUUCGCUGGUUUCAUCGUCCCACGGAGCCAAAUCCCCAGUUUCUUUGUGUGGAUCUACUGGAUCAACCCUCUCGCUUGGUGCUUGCGCGCAGUGGCAGUGAAUCAGUACCGGUCGCCCAAGUUUGACGUUUGUGUGUACGACGGAGAAGACUAUUGCUCUCAGUACGGCAUGACCAUGGGUAAGUAUUCCUUGUCACUGUACGACGUGCCGUCAGAUAAAAUGUGGGUGUGGACGGGUGUGUUGUACCUCCUGUUUGCCACCGCGUUCUUUGUGAUGGUCGGCAGCUAUAUUCUCGAAAACAAGCGAUAUGAUAUCCCGGCAGCGACGGUAGCGGUUGUGCCAAGCUUUGAUGAGGAGGAGAAGAGUAAGCUGGAUGGUGUUCAAGAAGAACAAGAACAGCCGAGCUAUCGAGACGGAACUGCGAGUUAUGUCAUGGUUGCAACGCCACGGGCGGCCUCUCGUUCUCCAGUUCAAAGGGAGACUUCGGCUGAUAUGGUUGUGGUCGAUCUUCAAGAGGAACAAGCCAGGUUUGUGCCCGUCGCGUUGGCGUUCAAUGAUCUCUGGUACUCCGUGCCUCUGCCCCACCACAGACACGGAUCCAUCGACUUGCUCAAAGGUAUCAGUGGUUAUGCAUUACCCGGCACCAUGACGGCGUUGAUGGGGUCGUCGGGUGCUGGUAAAACGACGCUCAUGGAUGUGAUCGCCGGCCGGAAGACUGGAGGCACCAUCAAGGGUGAAAUCCUGCUAAACGGAUACCCCGCCACCGAGUUAGCUAUCCGUCGUUGCACAGGUUACUGCGAGCAACAAGACGUUCAUUCGGAGGGGGCAACGAUCCGUGAGGCGCUGACUUUCAGUGCCUUCUUGCGUCAAGACAGCAGCGUGUCGGAACGAGCCAAGCUCGCGUCUGUCGAAGAAUGUCUGGAUCUCCUAGACAUGCACGCCAUCGCCGACCAGAUCAUCCGCGGUCGAUCACAAGAACAAAUGAAGCGCCUGACCAUCGGAGUGGAGCUUGCCGCACAGCCCAGCGUGCUGUUCCUCGAUGAACCUACCAGUGGUCUGGAUGCUCACUCGGCCAAGGUUAUCAUGGACGGCGUGCGUAAGGUGGCCGAUAGCGGACGGACCGUCGUGUGUACGAUCCACCAGCCUUCGUCUGACGUUUUCUUCUUGUUCGACAGUCUCCUCCUACUGAAACGUGGCGGCGAGAUGGUGUUCUUCGGUGAACUGGACAAUGCGCUGCCGGACGAUCGCGAAUGUGGCCACCUGAUCGACUACUUUGAGGGGAUUCAAGAAGUUCCACAUUUACCGGAGGGCCAGAACCCGGCGACCUGGAUGUUGGAGUGCAUCGGUGCAGGCGUCGCCGGUGCAGGCGAGAAGCCGAUGACGGACGUUGCUGCGGACGUGGACUUUGUCAAGCAUUUCCGCGAGAGUGCUGAGCAUCAAGCGUUAUUGAAUGGAUUGGAGCAGCCUGGUGUGUCGACCCCUGCACCCGAUCGCCUGCCGGAGUUGAUAUUCAAGAACAAACGUGCUGCUAGUCCUUGGACACAGCUACGCAUGUUGAUGGGGCGGUUCAUGACGAUCUACUGGCGUACACCUUCGUACAACUUGACUCGGUUCUUGAUCGCGUUUGGUCUGGCCGUGAUCUUUGGCCUGGUGCUUGUGAAUGGCCGCUACACAACGUACCAAGGUCUCAAUUCGGCGGUGGGUAUUAUCUUCAUGACGGCGCUUUACCAGGGUUACAUCACGUACGUCGGGUGUCUGCCGUUUACACUGCGUGAACGUGCAUCCUACUACCGCGAGCGAGACUCGCAGACGUACAACGCACUAUGGUAUUUCGUUGGAGCUACAGUGGCCGAGAUCCCGUACGUGUUCGGCAGCGGCCUCAUCUUCACGAUUGUUUUCUUCCCUUUGAUGGGCAUCGGGUCGUUCACGACGGCUGUGCUGUACUGGAUCAAUGUAUCGCUCUUCGUGCUGCUGCAGACGUACUUGGCUCAGUUGUUCAUCUACGCGAUGCCAAGUGUGGAAGUGGCUGCGAUCGUGGGGGUCUUGAUCAAUGCCAUCUUCUUGCUGUUCACCGGCUUCAACCCUCCGGCCGGUUCGAUACCGGCCGGCUACAAGUGGCUGUACCACAUCACGCCACAGCGAUAUUCACUGUCGAUCUUGGUUUCAAUACUAUUCGGCAAUUGUCCAGAAGACCCCACGUUCGACGAAUCUAUUCAAUCGUUCAUCAAUGUGCGACCGGAACUCGCUUGCCAGCCACUGCAGAACACGCCGCUGUCGAUCGGCCACACAACGGUGAAGGGCUACAUUAAAGAUGUGUUCAACAUGAAGUACGACGACGUGUGGAGCAACUUCGGCUACGUGUUCGUCUUCCUGGCCAUAUUCCGCGUGCUGUCACUACUCGCUCUCCGCUACAUCAACCACCAGAAACGGUAG